GGAGAAAUUCCCAGUGAUGCUCUCUGUACAGUGCCUAUGCUUGCUGGCAGCUCACUGCCAAGAAUCAGUUUGGAAGGAGGGUAAAAGCGACCUGACCAAAAUGCUGUCCCUCGCCUGUGCUGCGUUCUCUGUUGUCAGCAUGAGAUUCCUGUUGGAAGGCAGCCACCUGCACCUUGGCUGAGAGCGCUGACAAGCUGGAGCGUGCAAUGACAGCUGCCUGUGGGUUCACAUGUUGGCCCAAGCUGCCAUUUGGGCUAUCUAGCAAAUGGCUGGCCUUACUGUGAGGAACUCUCCUGAUUCUCUGCAUCUCAUAGCAACAGGUUCCAUCAUAUAGCAACCUUUCAGUUUUGAGCUGGGAGCGUAUAUAAAAGAGUUAACACAUCAGUCCUCUUCUGAGUCAAGGGAAAAAAAAACAGCUAUCUUGCAACUCGGAUGCUUUUCAGGAACUUGGCCGCUGCAGGCACAAGAGGCAUGUGCUUUUCCACACUGCUCUAGGUGAUGGCUUAGUUCAAGGGGGCCCAGAUUUGGCUCAGUCAACAGUUGUGUUGGCGUCCUGCCAUCAGAUGUGCAUAAAAUGGAGCUGGCUGCAGCUCCCUCCUCGCUCUAACAUGGAGGGGCAGCCCAGAGGGACCCGGGGCCCCCUAUGCCUUGCUGUAGGUUGUCUUGGUUAUGAAAGUUAGAUGGGGCUGGGCAAUUCCUUCAGCAUGCACUGCUUUAUUGUGACUUGAUGGUUGCCUUUGAACCCUGGGUUGUAUUGGUUUGUGGAUGUUUCCAGAUGUGUAAGGUUUGUGUUUCAUUUGCAGACUGUUCAUGUGUGCUCUUAGGGCUUAUGUGCAUUGCCACAAAAUCAAGAUAAAACACAACUGGCAUUUUAGCUGCUCCAAGCACAUUGUGUGUAAAUAAACCACUAAAUGGUUUAGCUUGUGAAAUGUAAAUACACACGGCUCAGCCUGCAGCAGCUGAUGGUGUUUUUCUCCUUUUCCCUCCCACCCCUGCCAAGAGCAGGCUCGCCUGAUCUUUUUUUUCCUACUGCUCUUUCAUACAGAGCAAAUGACUGCUAAGCACCAUGUAGGUGGCGUGCAGGCACCUCUGCAGAGUCACUCUUUGAAUUUAGAAAUAGGUGCAUCCUCCUCCACAUUCCUUCUGAACCGUUAUUUGGGAUCCCUGGACUCUGAUAGCCCAGAAGCUCUGCCUCGGCCUGACUUUGAGCUUGAGCUCAUCUUUGGUCACAAACAAACCAAAGAGGGUGUUUGGUCAAACACCCUCAGUGCGAGGGCAGAGGCCCAGCUGGGAGGACAUUUUUAGCCUUUGCCCUUUCAACAUCCUAUACACAAGAGGUUGUGAACUGUAGUGAAAGGGGGAUCACAGAGGGCACGGAGAGCACAAGUGUGGAACAGAUCGCCACUGGCAAGAACAUAAAGGAGAGAAGCAAAAAUUCUGUGUCAUGAAGGGAAUUGGAACAGGACAGUCGCACCCCGUGAUGGUGCCCUGUGUAAAAGCGAGCCUGCCCAGAGAGGAUUUUGGAAAGCUGGUGCUGGGAUGGGGUCUGGAUGAUCCCUGGAUGUGGAGCACAAGCAGGGACAGAUUUCUGUCUCUGUGGUGUGGUAUUGGUGAAUGGCUCUGUGUUGUUCUGGAGGAACAGCUGCCACAGCCGCAGUUCUGGAUACAAACAGGUGUGCUGUAAGCAACAAAAAACGUACAACAAAACCUGAUCCAAUAGAUUAAGCACUUAUUUGAAACUAACAUCAUACGGGUGGCAUUGCAUUCUCAAUAUUCAGGUUUGUUUGUGCCAGAGCGGAGCAGAAUUCGGAGCGUUGGCUGUGUCCCUGCUGGGCGUCCUGAGGCUCCUGCUGACAGUGGGCGAGGGUGAGGCUGCGCCGGGCUGGUGUGCAGGAUGGGACCUCGGGUUGGUAGUGCUUGCUGUCGUGUCACGUCAGGACUCGCACUGAGCAGAUGACAUGGAGACACGCAGUUGGUUUGCCCAAAACAUGCACUGUGGCUCUGGAAGAAAACACGAGAGCUGAGAAUGCCCGUCUGUAGAAGGAAAGAGAGGCAAACAGCAAAUGUAGAUGUGUUGCUUGACAAAGGCAAGUGCUGUGAACUAAGAUACUCUUAUUUCUCCAGGCCAAUGAUGGCAGUGUGACACUGGUCCAUCCAUCAUAGAACAGCAACUUCUUUUUGUUUGAUUUUCCUUUGAGGGUGACGUGGGAAAGAAUGUUGGCAUAAUGCAGAGGCAGUGAUUUUUUUUUUCCUUUUGGUGGGUGUUGCUGUCCUGCCAUUUGUAUUCAUUGCAAGCAAUGAAACUCCAGAUCGGCAAGAUUUUGGGAGAUGUCAUUCAUGUGACAGGUACUGCCUUGUGUUACAUCUGUCACAGAAAUACGAGUUCUGGUACUCAGGUUAGAGGCUGAUCAGCACAGCCAACCCCAACCCAAUCUCGUUCACUGCUUGGUUUUCUCUUUGCAGUCAUCAGGUAGGUGGGUGAUAAACACAGGAGCAGUGCUUUUGCCAAAGAAGAGAUUAUUUUCCUUUCCCUCCUGUUCCCCUUCCCAGCAUCAAGCGUCCUGGGUCGUAUUAGGCUUGCAUUCACUGUCCUGUUCUGAAGGUUGUGUGUGGGUUAUUUAAGGGACAGAGCUGAAAGCUCAGUGAUGAAAACAACUGGAGCUUGAAAUAAAAUACGAAUCCUUGUUCUAAUUUUAGAUGAGAAGCCUCACUGGGUCACACUGAUUACUUCUCCAGAUAAUAAUACAUUUGUUUAUCUGCAUAGUGUGAACGUUUAACAUCUCAACUUUAUCUAUGAGAGGCUGGAACUCCACAGAGAGAGUAUUUGCAAAGUGCACAAAAUCACCUGCUACACAUGUGAGGUAUUCUGCUUUCUGGAAGGGUUGCUUCUGAAAUAUCUAUUCAUGCCUAAGGUUAGGAAAUCGUAAGGUUGCUUAUGGAAGCGAUGGCUUGAAGUACAAAUGUCUAAAAUUCGAAGUUCUGGUUUGAAGUCAGACAGUUUGCUUGUCACACAGGUGAAGUAUCAGUGCUCCAUAUCGCUUACGUUCAGUGCUGUGUGCUUUCAUUGCUUUGUUAAAGGGCAGAGCAAAUGUGCAGCAAAUGUCUGUAUAAGUAUUGCUCACCUCUUGCAGUACAAGAUGAGAGUUCGAAGUCUAGUGUUGAUCUCUAGUGAGAGGAAUGUGUUUUUCGAUUGACCAUUUCAGUGAAGUAGAGAAAGCACUAAUAGGUACUCACAGCUUUUGUCCUCUAACUUUCAUAUAAUGUGGCUGUCCUGGCUGACUGGAAGGCAGAACUCGUGGUUCCGCUGCUGAGCAGGAGCUGUGGCUUAGCAAAGGAGAGGCUGUACAAAGGCUGUCAGGAGCUGAGGGACCAUGUCCGGCCAGCUCUGCUUGUGUAGCUGUAGCCCCUUGUUUGCAUGCACAGAGGUGACAUGCUCCUCAGCUUCCAUCUGUACCGAAUGCCAUGCAGCUGUGGGAUCACUAAUUUUUCUAUGGAAUGAGGUUUUGUCUCCUUGUAAGUGUCAGUGGAUAAGCUGUGACCACGCUCUUCAGCAGACAGCUGAAUUGCAGGCUAAGUAAUCCUGGCUGAGUAAUACAUCUGGCUAAGGAGAUGUGCAUGUAAUACAGUUAUUUAACAUAUCUGUGCUUGGCUUUCAUUGUUAGCGUGAUUUAUUUCAGCGAGGGUGUUCUUUCACCAUUCACAAAGCAUGCCUUGCUUUGCAGGCUUGAGCCUGAGUACCAGGCUGGUUGGGAGUGCUUGUCUUUGACUUGAGCAGUCUUUUUCCCUUCCAACUGAGCCUGGAAAACUUUAGCCAAAAGACAGCAAACCACAGGGAAGUGGAAACGUCUGUGAUCUCCAACUUCUCUGUGAAAUCUUGGCAUCCUCUGGGUGCCUGCAAGCCCUUCUGCCCUGCACGCUGCAGUGGAGUGAACACGACCUCUUGGAUAAAGAUGGAUGCUCUUCUAACAUUUUAAGUGGCAUUAGGGGUAGUGCUGGGGAUUGUGUGGUGCUUCGUGUCAUUCUCUGCCUCUUACUCCUAAUCCUGGCUUUAUAAUACCACUUUUUAGUCUAAACUCAAGUUUCUGGUUGCCUUAAUACAAUGUGUGGCUUGUUUGCAACAUGCAUUUUUUUUCUUUCCUGAACCUGUGUAUAGAGGAGUAAAAUGAAAGUGGUAGUGGAAUAUCUCCAUGGCAUACUAAUUUUUCAAGGGGUCUGCAGUGUCAGAAUGUGCUUACAUGUGGUUUGUUUCCUAGAUCCCUGCAGCAGAAGUCUCUGACAAGAGGACAGGUUGUUCUCUCUGCUUUUCAUAAUUUUUUCCAACGAACAGAAAAGUUACUCUAGAGUGUCUGACCCGGCCCAGAGGAGCGCUGCGGAACCAAGGGCCUCGCCGCAGGAUUUAGCUCCAGCUUGCUGCCGAGCACGUGGGACCUGGGGACUGAGUUUGCCCUAAAACAAAUCAUGUCAUCAGGAGGAGCUGAAGAUGAUAUUCCCCAAGCAGAGAGGAAAACAGUUACGGAUUUUUGCUACUUGCUGGAUAAAUCUAAACAGCUAUUCAAUGGCCUAAGGGAUUUACCUCAGUAUGGGCAGAAGCAGUGGCAAUCCUAUUUUGGGCGAACGUUUGAUGUUUACACCAAACUCUGGAAGUUUCAACAGCAGCAUCGACAAGUAUUGGACAAUCGGUAUGGGUUGAAGCGGUGGCAAAUUGGGGAAAUUGCUUCCAAGAUUGGGCAGCUCUAUUACCAUUAUUACUUGCGCACUUCUGAAACCAGCUAUCUCAAUGAAGCUUUCUCCUUCUAUUCCGCGAUCAGGCAGAGGUCAUACUACUCCCAGGUUAACAAGGAAGACAGGCCUGAAUUAGUGGUGAAGAAGCUGCGUUACUAUGCAAGGUUUAUAGUGGUUUGUCUCUUGCUCAACAAAAUGGAUGUUGUAAAGGACCUUGUAAAGGAGCUUUCAGAUGAGAUUGAAGACUACACUCAUCGUUUUAAUACUGAAGAUCAGGUGGAGUGGAACCUGGUUCUUCAGGAAGUGGCAGCUUUUAUUGAGGCAGACCCUGUAAUGGUUUUAAAUGACGACAACACCAUUGUAAUCACCUCCAACAGGCUUUCUGAAACUGGAGCUCCAUUGCUGGAGCAGGGAAUGAUAGUGGGACAGCUUGCUCUUGCAGAUGCACUGAUUAUUGGGAACUGCAAUAACCAGGUGAAGUUCAGUGAAUUGACAGUUGAUAUGUUCCGAAUGCUACAAGCACUUGAAAGGGAACCGAUGAAUUUAGCUUCGCAGAUGAACAAACCUGGAAUGCAGGAGUCAACAGAGAAACCAGCCAGGCGAGAAAACCCUCAUAAAUACCUGCUUUAUAAACCAACUUUUAGCCAGCUGUACACAUUUUUAGCAGCAUCAUUUAAGGAGCUGCCUGCAAACAGCGUGCUGCUGAUCUACCUGUCUGCCACGGGCGUGUUCCCAUCAGGUCGUUCGGAUAGUGAAGGUCCAUAUGAUUUCGGGGGUGUUCUGACAAAUAGUAACAGGGAUGUUAUAAAUGGAGAUGCUAUCCACAAGCGAAACCAAUCUUACAAGGAGAUGCAUUGCCUUCACCCUGGGGAUCUCUACCCUUUCACAAGAAAGCCACUUUUUAUCAUUGUGGAUUCUUCGAACAGUGUGGCCUAUAAGAAUUUCACCAACUUAUUUGGACAGCCAUUGGUGUGCUUGCUUUCUCCAACAGCAUAUCCAAAAGCAUUACAAGAUCAGUCUCAGCGGGGCAGCCUCUUCACACUCUUUCUGAACAAUCCUUUAAUGGCAUUCCUGUUUGUCUCUGGAUUAUCAAGCAUGCGCAGAGGGCUGUGGGAGAAGUGUCAGGAUUAUCUUAGGAAAAUCAAUCGAGACAUCGCGCAGCUGCUGACCCACUCCCGCUCCAUAGAUCAAUCCUUUCUUCAGUUUUUUGGGGAUGAAUUUCUUCGUUUGCUUCUAACAAGAUUUAUCUUCUGUUCAGCUACUAUGAGGAUGCACAAAAUUUUCCGGCAGGAAACACGGAAUUAUCCAGAAUCUUACCCUCAGCUGCCAAGAGAUGAAACGGUGGAGAACCCUCACCUCCAAAAGCACAUUUUGGAGCUGGCUUCCAUACUGGAUGUUAGAAAUGUUUUCCUGGAAAACACUCUUGACGACUAUUGAGAAAAACUGUCUUACUGCAAAGGGGUUUCCCUGGCCACAGAUUUUGAAUGGUGCAGUUUUCUAAUGUGAAAAUCAUAAAAGGAAGUACUUGAUUUUAUUUUUAAACUUAGGACCAUUAUUUUAAAAAGUAAUAAUAAACAGCUGUUAGGUUAGCUGUUCCAUUCUGUAUGGGGGGGUCAAUUUUAUAAGAAGUUUUCAUGUCUUUUAAAUGUUAAACUACAGAAUUGCUAGAGGUUUAUUUCUGGUCUUGUGGCUGUCAACCACAUUUCCAACAGCUGAUCCUAAGCAUAGAAGUAUUAUUGGUUACCUUUAUCCCACAUUUGUGGAAAUCCUUUAUUUUUAUACAAUUUUAAGAAAUUGGAAAAAAAUUGAUAGAAAAAUGGUAUUUUGUCCCCAAAGAGUCUGGAUUUGAAAUGAUAAAGAUGGAACCACCCAGUGCAAACCAACAAUAGCAAUAAAACAAAGUCCUUCAUAACCAAUAUAUUUUUUCAGUCUUAGGCAAGUAAGUAGACAAAACUGUGGAAGAUUAAGUUGCAUUUGGAGACAACGAGUUUGAAAUGAAGUUGUAAAGAAAGUUAAUGCUCCCUACAGAUUUGACACAGCAAUGUCAUGUAUAAACUCUGAACUGCUGGCCAAGGACACAAUUUCCCCUCUGUCUGAUGGGAUACGUGGUUAGCAAUUAGCGAAUUAAAAACUAAGAAAGCCCUCUCUCACUGUAAUAAGGAUCAUCUUGCCAUUUUUGUUGCUGCCACAGUUUUCUAGGAGAUAGCAUUCUUCAUUGUGAGCCACUAGUCAGAUAUUCUUUAAUUUCCAGCAGGUUUUAUCUUCCUUUCUUUGUGUGGAUGAAAUGUGUGGCUCCCACAGUGUUACCAUUCCCUGACUGGAGUUGAAAGAAUGCCCCAUGAGUGCUGAAUACAAGCCCUUCCUAUCCCCCAUUUGUUAGAAUAACCUGUGCUGGAGCUGUGCCCUGAGAGAGAGAUGCCAGUGCUCCUCUCAUUAGUUAAAGUGUGGAUCCUGCCAGUAGGAGAGGCUGUGGUUGUGUUUGGUAGCCCUGUAGUAUCCCUCAGCCUAGGGAUCUUAAGGAGUGCAACAGCCUCUGCAAAGGCUCUUUCUGGAGAAAAGUGCUUGCCUGACUCUCUUAGACUGUACUGCCUUCUUUGCAGAGCUCAAGGACCUCUUGCAACUCCUGGUAGUAACGGUUUGAGCAGGGGGAAGGAAGUGAAAAUAUUUUAAUUAAAUGAGUUUAUGUUCGCUGUUCCGUGUACUAGAAAGGCAAUGGAAGAAUGAGUAUGAUCAGCGCUUUUAUGUUGAACCUCAGCCAUGUCUCCAUUUUUGUUGGGGGAAAAAAAUGCAAAAUUUGGUGGCUACCAUAGUUAUCACAGUAGACCUGUUUGCAAGUGUUGUCAUACAAGGUGUGAUCUUCUCAGCUGGAAUAGUGGAGGGCAGCAGUUCAGCACUGAUGAGCCUUCGUUCAGUUCAGUGGUAUGUUCUUCGUGGGUAGCAUGGUGUGGCACACCAGGAAUUGCUCGAGUGAAGGUGGGAAGUUGCUGUGACGGUCCUCUCUAUCUGGGAUGCAGCUGAUGCCACCCAUUCUUUAAUUUCUAAAGUGAAAAAAAAAAAAAAGAAAAAAGUAAAAAAAAAAAAGAAAAAAAAA